UGUUAAAAGGUCAAUUACGUGAUGCAUGAAAAAUGAUAAUAUUAAUGUAUUUCUUUAAAACAACUAUAAGAAAAUGGCUUCACAAAUUGAAGAAUUUCUUGCUAAAAAGAAAGAACAAACUACAUUAUUGGAUUUACAUAACUGUACUGCAAAUUCAAAAGAAGAAUUAAGAAAACUCGUCGAAAAAGUACCCGAAUUCAAGAUAAAACCAGAAAAGAAAUUGGGUGAUAUUAAAAUAAAAGAAAAAAAAUUCAAAUUUAAACUACCCAAGAAAGAAAGUAAAAAACCAUUCCCAUUUGCCGAACCAACGCCGUCAGAAAUGAAAGGAGUUUCAUUAGAUGAGUUGUAUUCAGUUAAUAUCCCAUGGAAAAUGCUUACUUCUCUUCGCCCAAAAUCAAAAAUCGACGAAGAAUAUUUUUCAAGACAAGUCGAACUGGGUACGGCUACGCUCAAGACCAGGAACGCUGAGAAAAGGACGCCACGUGAUAGUUUUCUGCGAAAAAAGAAAAAUGCGUCCGGAGGAGUAGAGUCAAAGUUUUUGUCGUGCAAAGAAUGCGGAAUCGAAUUUUGUACGGGUGAAAGCUGCAAAAUAUUCGACUACGAUUCUUUUAAACGGAUCGCGGUGUCUACUGUACAAGCUACUACUGAACAAACGCAAGAACCGGUUUCCCAGGAAAAAAAAUUGUCGAAAAAGAAAAAUGCCAGUAAAGGACCAAAGGUAAAAUCACGAGGGCCAGCAGCGGUUAACGUAAAAAAUACACUGGCGAAGAAAAACGGUGAGAGAAUUAUAAUUGGUGUAAAAACCAUGAAAAAAAAUUCUAUCGGUGUUCCGGAGAAAUCAAUAUUAGAUAAGUCAAAUAAAAAUGUCAAGACGACUGUGAAGGAUAAAAUAUAUUCAUCAAAAGAUGAUAUGAAAAAAAUUACUAUAAUUAAUGAAAAUGCGAUAAAAAAAAAACAAGAAUUAUUAAAAAAAAAGUCGUAA